UUGUUGUUUGUGUAUAUGUGGCACUCAUGCCAGUUUUAUUUUGCAGACAAUGGUACUUGGACUCAGCUGUGGCUAGUGUCAGACUAUCAUGAGCAUGGAUCACUCUUUGAUUACCUGAACAGGUAUACAGUAACAGUGGAAGGAAUGAUAAAGUUAGCUUUGUCCACUGCCAGCGGUCUUGCUCAUCUGCACAUGGAAAUUGUUGGCACACAAGGCAAACCAGCAAUUGCCCACAGAGAUUUAAAAUCAAAAAACAUAUUGGUGAAAAAGAAUGGAACGUGCUGCAUUGCAGACCUGGGACUGGCGGUUAGGCACGAUUCAGCUACAGACACAAUUGACAUUGCCCCAAAUCACAGAGUGGGAACAAAAAGGUAAAAUCAUUUUUGUGAUGUGUCAGGCAACUUUUAUG